CUUCUGCUUUUACGAGCUUACUAGCACAGACGCGCCAUCGCGGAGUAAGACGUCCAUCGAUCAUUUUAACAGCCGAAAUAAUCAAAACCCGACUAGUUUCCACGCAGGAACUUUUGAGACGACAAUAUAACGUUUUAAUCGUUGAGCAGUUUUUUCUUCGGGAGGGCAACUUGGAUAUAAAAGUGUAUUAUCCACUUAGCUAACUGUUAGCUUGUGACGUUGUUAGCUAAAACAACUGAGCUGCAGAGGAAUUUAACAGCCCGUUUAUGUUUUCGCCACUUCAGAGAAAUGUUAGACGGAUCUCCGGUUCACAGCGAUGAAGCCAACAUCGGCAACGUCGAAAACAACAACCCGGUAACGUUGAUUUCCAGCGGCGAUGGGGUGAACACGGGCAACAAAGCGAGGCAGGCGCUGCUGAAGAAAGGAGGGAGGAAGCUGCGGACGACGGCGCCGCUGCACCAUCAGAAACCUGCGAGAAACGGUCCCAGCAUACACCUGUCCGACCACAACAACAACAACACGCUGACGGCUUCACCUGCGAACAAACCUGCGGCUCAGCCCGGUACCGAGCUCCCUGCCGGUACACAGACCGUACUGACCCUCCAUCAUCUCAACCAGGGGGCCAAGAAAGAGCUGCUGAAAUCCAAAGGUGGUAGAUCGGAGCGAGGGGCCGUGCAGCCAGGAAGCCAAACUGCCCGCAACCUUCCCAGACACGAGCAAAUGACCCAAAAUGUGAACGCCCGGAGCCACAAGCCCAAGCAGGACCAAACACCAGGUGCUUCUCACACUACAAAGAAGAAGGAUCACAGCAGCCCCAGUAAGCCCUCCCCUCUUCGCCAGCCUUCACCCCGAGAGCAGAAAAAACCUCUCCAUGCCUCCAACAACGUGAAGAUCGUGAGCGCACCGCCUGCUGAAACUGCGCCCGAAUACCUCAAAGAUGGUGAGAAAGUCUAUGCUGGAGCUAAGUUCAGUGAGCCGCCCUCACCCAGUGUCUUACCUAAACCGCCCAGUCACUGGGUCGGAGAAAACGAGCCUCAACAUAGCAACCAAAGCCGAGAGCAAAUGACUGUUCAUUUAAAGUCGCUGCUGAAGGUGCAAGAUACGUCAUGACCACAGUCUGGAUUUUCAAAUUGGAGCUGACCUAUCCGAAAUCUGAUUAAUGAUGAACGCCAACGAUUGGAAAAAUUAUAAUGCGAUAAAUGGAGUUUGGCCUUUAACACACUGCAAUAAAAUGUAGGGAGUUUUUAUUAACUUAACUACAAUUUCCCAUUAACCAACACGCUGCCUGCAUUUGUGAACAUUUUGGAGACGCUGUGUUGUUGCUGGAGAUGUGACUGACAUGCUGUGUAUGUCAGGAGUUUGUCAAAUAUUUUCUGCCUUUUUGUUGACAGGGGAAAUAGAAAAUAAGAUUGAUUGUGAUUGAGUUUGUGAGCAGACUGUUAUUUUGAAGAGGAAAACGUGAAAGAAAGAGCGCAGAAAGAGUUUGAGGUCGUCACCAGCAGCAGCACGAUCAGUGUCUCCUGUUUACAUAUUGCAACACGAUGAUGGCACUUUUCUUUGUGAACACUUUUGAAGAGGCAGCCUUGUGUUCAUUGUCUUUUUAAAGAGCUUGUGUAAAUGUACAUAAUAUAUUGUAAACAUAUAUUUGUGUAUAUUUUUCCUUGUUAUUUUAACUGAGAUUAUAGUUUUGUUACUGAGAUUUUUUCCACAAAAAAAAAAAGAAUGAAAGAAAAAGUUCCCUGCAAACUGAGGCACUUUGUUAUAGCUCCUUCAGUGUGAGGCACAGUGGAUGUAAGAGAGACUCUUCUUACUGAUUUGCACUGAAAACAAAGAUUGGGAAGGGCAGGAAACCAAACUUUGAUGUUCCAAAGCUUGACCAGCCACUUUGAUGAAUUCACCAGCCAGCUCAGAGCACAGGAGAGGACCUCCAGGUCCUGGCUGGUUACCUUUCAAAAUGGCUCGGAUAGCGGACAAAUCAAAAAGCCACGGUUAAAGUUUACCUGCCGGUGGCUGAAGUUCUUCCCCUUCACUGAACACGGGUCCAGCUGAUGAAAAACCUAGCGUCAAAUCAGGGACUUGUGAAGCUGAUGAGGCUGUCGAAGCCUCAGCAAACUGAAGAGAUGACAAUGUGAAAAGUCUCACAACCAGCUGCUGCAGAGAGCCAGUAGCCAGCAUCCAGACCGAGUGCUUUUUGUUUUACUUUUAUUGCACUGAUCCAGAGUACGUCCACAUUAAUCCGGCUAAAUUUAAAAACACAUUUUUCUUUCCGUUCUCCACCGUCUGUCCUCAUCCUGAGGCAGCCUUUAAAACACCAGCUGAACAGGACAAUCUUUAGUUGCCUCUAUUUUUCUUUUUGAUCACUCAUUUUAAUACUACAACAGAUCACACAACACAUCUGUUGUUACUGAACAGCAUUAGUGUUCAUUUUGUCAGUAUGUCACACUUAGCCGAAACGAUUAGUCAAUCAACAGAACGAUGAUCUGCAGCAGCUCUGAUGAUGUGUUAAUUGUUAACAGGCGCUGGUUCCAACGUCCAAAAUAUGAGCAUUUGUUUUGUUUUUCUGUUUUAUAACUGAAUAUCUUUGGACUAUCGAUCGAACAAAACGAGGUCACUUUGACAUAUUGAUUAAACAGUAAUAAAAAUAAUGUUAACAUUUAGUGUUUAUGACCAGCUUUUAAAUCAUGAUUCUAUACUUGUUCUGUUUUCUGGCAGUAGAAACAGAAACAUAAAUAUUAAGUGAGGACAAAAUACAAAAUAGGUGAUUGCAAAGAGGAAACAGAUGAAAAAUUUAAAGGGGUUUGGAGCCACUCCUUACCAGAUAUCAGCCGCGAUAUCUGGUUCAUUGUUUGCUGAAUGAAAACAUUAACUGCGUUUUUAAAAAUUACACGGCUUCAUGUGGAUGUAGUCUUACUUUGUUUGUCAUACUUGUUUUCACAUACCUCUUCUUUACAUUUUCAUUUCUUCAACUUCAAAGCACAUUUAUGUUUACCAGGAGCAGUAUGUGUGGAAUUUGUCACAGCUGAUCUUGCGAUGAUGUCCCACGUGUGUUUUUCUUUCUCUUUUUUUUACUGACAUGGUUUCUGUGGAUGCAGGCAGCUGCUGGAUCUUGUUUCUUGACCUCUGUGACGUCAUGUAAAUGGAAAAUUGUAUUAAUGUAGCAAAAACUGCCCAUGUUAUUGCAGUGUUUUAACAUUAUUUCAUUCCUGUCCAUUCCAAGAAUAUGAUUAACAACUCACCUCCAUCUCACAAUUUGGAAAAACAAAGGUUUUUAUGAAGCUUUUCAUAUCUAAAUUAAAUUAAAAAAUUGGUUACCCCUA